GCAACAAAACCACAUUUCUACCAUAUCCUUCCCUAAAUCUGUCAAGUAUGAAACUCUAUUUGCUCCUCUUCAUCAUCCUAACCACCGCCAACGACCCGAUUAGCGCCCAAUCGGAGCCCCAACCAUGGCGGAGAAAGCUCGACAACGAGACGGUGUACAAAGUCUCCAAGCAACUAUGCUGGGGUUGCAUUGGGGAGUCGCUAGAAUACUUAUUUGCACACAAUUUAGUGAGGGCAGCAAAAUGGGAGCUACCAUUAACGUGGGAUUUCCAGCUCGAAAGGUACGCGAGAUGGUGGGCCGGGAUCCGAAAGCUUGAUUGCAAACUCCAACAUUCGUUCCCGGAAGGUGAGUUCAAGCUUGGGGAGAACAUAUAUUGGGGCAGUGGCUCGUCUUGGGGUCCAGUUGAUGCAGUGAAUGCAUGGUCCGCUGAAGAGAAGUACUAUAACUAUGCGGCCAAUACUUGCGAGGUGGACCAAAUGUGCGGCCACUACACGCAAAUUGUUUGGAAGACUACGCGGCGGAUUGGGUGCGCUCGUGUUGUGUGUGACGAUGGAGAUGUGUUUAUGAAUUGUAAUUAUGAUCCUGUUGGGAAUUAUGAGGGUGAAAGACCAUAUUAAUUAAGGUCUAAUUUAGAUUUGGUGAAGUGGUUUAUUGUGUGAAUGAUUAGGUUAUAAAAGAAAGUGUGCUUGCAAAGGGAUUUAUUUUAUUGUUUUUAUGGUGGUUGUUGGCUAUAUAUAUUAAUAAGCUACAUGUACAUGUUAAUUUUCUUUUCUUAUUUUUGGUUUUUAUAUGGAGUGCAUGUUUUUAUUGU